UACAUUUUUCUCAACUGAAAUUAUAUCAUAUCUCAUUCUUAGGGUUCUAGCUUCUUCUCGCUCACUCUCUUUCUCUCUCCUCCUCCCCUAAAUUCUUCAUUUUCAUCUUUCUUCUUCGUCGACUUCAGCUCACAAAUCUCUUUAUCGUUUAUUGGUGCUUUGACACACGUGCGCAAUGUCUGUGAUGGAGCAUCAAAUUGAUUUCCAUGAAAAAAGACUGUUCAUCAUCAUUGAAUCUGGGCUUAGCAUGUUGAUGUACAAAAUUUCAGAUCAGCGUAUAUGUUAGUCCAAUAUGUCGAAUACUCUAAUCUCAGGGCAGUUAGCUUUGCCAACAUUGCCAGACAGUCAGAUGAGUCAUCUGAAUUCUAUUAGGAGCAGAGCUGAUUCUUCUGUGCCAGGAACAUCAGAGGGAGCCGUUGAUCCUCUGAACAGCAACCUAACAUCAACAUCUGGUAAUUUGUGUAAGCAGUCUGAAUCCAUGCAGCCUCACUCAGGGCAAUUGGAAUUGUCGAUGCCAAACAAACGAAAGGCAACAACUGAUCCGGUACCUGAUAAUUGGGGUUUAGAAAAGAUGACUUCUAACAAGAGAGUGGCUCCUGUGGGGUCUAAUCCUAAGGUUCCUAUUCUGUCGUCAGUACCAAAUAAAAGAACCACGCUGAAUACUUCAACAAGGAGUACUGCUUAUGGUAAAAAGGUGGUGCAAUUGGAUUCUCCUGUGAAUAAAUCUCCGUCAGCCUUUUCAAAGAAAAAUGCACAACCAGAAGUGUCUCCAAGGAAUGCAGAGUCGUAUGAUUCUGUGAGGACUAAGCUGAGGGAAUCCUUAGCUUCUGCACUGGCCCUGGUUUCCCAACAGCGAGAAGGUUCCUCAGAUGGGAAGGUGAAGAGUGAAAAUGAGGUUGAAGCAAAUACUCAGGAGGGCAUAAAAGAGCAUAAACCUUUAGUUUGCGAAUCAACUGCUGGAACUAACAACAUCGAACCUGUAAAGGUUGAAGAGUUUGGUACUUCCAGCAUUCUUAUUGAUGGGUCCAAUGAUGACACGAAGGAAUCUCCAGGAACCCAUCCAAAAGAAACAUGCAGUGAGGACACCCAGACAUGGAAAUUUAUCGGGUCAGAGUUUCAGUCUAAUCCCAUUCUAUCUGGUGAGGAUUCACUGUUUGGUGAUGGCUUGUUUUUCAAGGAUGAGCUCUUGCAGGGGAACGGGCUUUCUUGGGUUUCGGAUCCUAAUCCACAUAUCUCAGAAUUACAUGAAGUUGAAAAUACUGUAAAGUCCGAAGUAGAGCAUGAGGAUGUAACUAUUGAUGAGGAGAAAAUAGUUCAAUCUCCAGAAUCCCUAGCCUUAGAAAUUGAGUCAGAACUAUUUACAUUGUUUGGUGGUGUAAAUAAGAAAUAUAAAGAGAAGGGAAGAUCACUGUUAUUCAACUUGAAAGACCGUAAUAACCCUGAGCUACGAGAAAGAGUAAUGUCAGGUGAGAUACCCCCUGAUCGUCUGUGUUCAAUGACAGCGGAGGAGCUUGCCUCAAAAGAACUUUCAGAGUGGAGAAUUGCGAAAGCAGAAGAGCUUGAUCACAUGAAAGUACUACCUGAGUCUGAUGUUAAUAUGAGGCGUUUGGUGAAGAAAACUCACAAAGGGGAAUACCAAGUGGAUUUGGAGCCUGAUAUGGGUGCUUCAGAGGAUCUGUCCCCCACCAUAAGUGUACCUUCUCAAAAGCGCUCAAAGAUCAAUGGUUCUAAUGCAAGACCUCUUCCUAAAGCUGAGCCGACCAAGGUAGAACAGUAUGAUCAAUGUGAAAUUACUAUUCCUAGUGAUGGAACUGAUAUGCAAGGACUCAUGGUGGAUGAUGUGAAUGACCUUCCUCCUAUUGUAUCCUUAGAUGAAUUUAUGGAGUCACUUAAUAAUGAGCCGCCUUUUGAGAAUCUACCAGUUGAUUCUGAGACAACUGCCCUUGAGGCUGAUAAGGAAAAUCCGGAGGUGGGCUCCAAAUCCAGGUCACCUGUACAGUCUUUGAAACAACCUGUGAAGUUAACCUCUCAGAAAACAGAGGAAUUGGGUGUAGGCAGCAUAAUUACAGAGACUGAUAAGAAAUUAGCUGACAGUCAGAAGGGAUUGAAUACCACUACUGUUCAUAUUCCCAAGCAGGAACAUAUCUGGGAAGGACUAUUGCAGCUUAGUAUUUCUUCCAUGGCCAACUUUGUAGCCUUAUAUAAAAGUGGUGAAAAAGCUAGUACUAAAGAGUGGGCAGGCUACUUUGACAUCAAGGGUCGAGUAAGGCUUGAUGCAUUUGAUAAGUUUCUGCAAGCGCUUCCUAUGUCCAGGAGUCGUGCAAUCAUGGUAUCCCAUUUUGUACUGAAGGAAGGCACUGCAGAUAGUGAACGCUCAGAUCUUCUAGAGUUGGUGGAUUCUUACAUUGCGGAUGAGAGAUGUGGAUUUGCCGAGCCUGCUCCUGGAGUGGAGCUAUACUUGUGUCCUCCCCGUACGAAAACAGUUGAUAUGAUAAUCAAUCACCUUCCUAAAAGCUACACUGAGAAAUUAAAUAAUAUCGAUGAUGGCCUAAUUGGAAUUGUUGUAUGGAGAAAAGUGCAAAUAACACCACCUGUGAUUUCACCCAACUCCUUGUCUCAUCAGAAACACACGAAUAAAACUCACACUGGGAGCCAAAAUACUGUAAAUGAUGAUAUGAACAGGAAUAAUGUUGGUUUUGCUCCUAGAACUGGCCCCUCCCCCCCUAUUCUCUCUAAACCCCCUCAACCUGAUGAAGAUGAUGAUGUGCCUCCUGGAUUUGGCCCACCUGCGGGUCAUCGAGAUGAUGAUGAUCUGCCGGAGUUUAACUUUUCUGGUGGGUCUGGGCCUAAUGUUCCCACAUCUGUCUCAAAUUCAAAUCCGAAACUGAAUCCUGUCCCUGGUCAAGGGAUGGGUUCUCGUCAUCAUAAUCUUCAUCGUGCCCCGACCAGGCAGGUUGAUCAAAUGAGAGAAUUGAUUCAGAAAUAUGGACAAAAUGGUGCGAAUCGUGCUGGUGGAAUACCCAUAGAACCAUGGAAUGAUGAUGAUGAUGAUAUACCUGAAUGGCAACCACAAGGUUCUCACCCUGGACCGCCACCCCCACCUCCCCCAGUACAUCAACAGGUCCAAAAUCCUGCGAUGGCCCCACAUAUGGUGCAUCACCCAUCUUUCCAGCGUCCACCUUGGCCACCGAUUGCUCAGCCUAUACAACCUCUCCAGCCACCAAUGAGUGUGCAACAGCAAGGAACGUGGUGGCCUUACGGCGCUAAUAAUGUAGGAAACUUACCCAGUGGACAGUUUAACGGGGCACCUGGCUCUGGUCAUAUGGCUAGGGAUUGGAGAACCAACAAUAGUGGGAAUAAUAAGGGUUUUUGAGUUUCAUCUUUAAAUGUAAAUAUUGAGGUUUUUGGUUUGUAGUUUUCUCACAGUUUUUGACAUGGUGAAUGUCUGUAGACGUAGCAUGUAGGUUUAUGGUGCUCUCUGUAUUUUCCUUUAGUCGAUUGUAGUCUGUAGUUUAAGCUAAGACAUUUGUAGCUUAUUUUCGGUUAGUCGAGAUAGUCGAAAACUGCACAGGGUUCUCCCUGAAGUGUCAAAA